CCCUUGACAUACAAGUUAAUUAUACCCGUGUAAUUUAUAUAAGGGCUUAAAGUAGACCGCAGUUUUAUUAGUAAACGGAAAUGUUUUUGAUUGGUCCCUUUAGAAGAGUGCUGAAAAAGGUAACAGACAUCACGUGACAGCGUCUUCUAUAUGCUUCGUCGUUGGGACUCAAAUUUACUCUCGAAUAAUGACAAUGAGAAACAUAAUAUCAAUUUCAUCGAAACACUGUAAAUAGUAAAGAGAUAUAGAAAAAUAAAAUAACCUGACAACGCCAUGCUGUUUCUAUGGUUACUACCGCGCAGUUUCGUGUAGCUGCGCCCACUGUUUUCAAAGAGAAGAGCCGUGAACUGGUGACAGGACGUUUGUCGCGGUCUGGUCAGGACUUGCAAUGGACUUUAACGCGCAAGGACCGCAAGGGACGCGUACAAUCAACAGAAGAUAAUCGACAUUUCAACGACAUUGUUAUGAGGGACCGACUGGCUGAUUUGAAUGGGGGCACGCAGAGUGCCAGUGAAGAUGGGGGUGUCACUGUGUCCAUGGAGAGAGAUGGCUUCAUGCAGCAUUUUUUCAGAAAGGUGGAGGAGGUCAGAGGUGUCAUUGACAAGAUCUCCUCCCUAGUGACUGAGGUGAAGAAAAAACAUAGUGUGAUUCUUUCAGCCCCAAACCCUGAUGAGAGGACAAAAGAAGAGCUGGAACAACUCACAGUGGAAAUCAAGAAACAUGCCAACUUUGUCCGGACCAGCCUCAAAUCAAUGCAACAGAAUCUACCUCUAGAUGAACAGAUGAAUCAAGCCUCAGUGGAUGCACGCAUUCAGAAAACACAGUACACUAACUUGUCACGCAAGUUUGUGGAGGUCAUGACGCAAUAUAAUGAAGCCCAAAUGUCCUUCAGAGCGAAAAGCAAAAGCAGGAUUCAGAGACAGCUGGAGAUCACUGGAAGAAUAACAACGAAUGAGGAAUUGGAAGAGAUGCUGGAGACUGGAAACCCUUCUAUUUUCACCUCCGAUAUCAUCUCUGACUCUCAGAUAACUCGUCAGGCCCUUAAUGAGAUCGAGUCUAGACACAAAGAUAUCUUGCGGCUGGAGUCCAGCAUUAAAGAGCUUCAUGACAUGUUUGUGGACAUGGCCAUGCUUGUUGAGACCCAGGGUGAGAUGAUUGACAACAUUGAAAAGAAUGUAAACAAUGCAGUAGAGUACGUUGGCCAAGCUAAAGUGGAGACCAAGAAAGCUGUGAGGUACCAGACGCAGGCACGCAGGAAACAUAUUAUUCUUGCUCUUAUUGUUUUGGUGGUGCUUGCUGUGGUCGCACUCAUUGUUGGCUUGUCUGUGGGCCUGUCUGUUAAAACCAAUACUAACUCCGCCUCCUCCAGCUCUAAUGCAGCCAAUCCUUCCUAAGCAUGGAUUCCAAGAAAUUGGUCUGUGUUGCCAUUUGUGGAGCCGUGUGCAGCAUCAUUCUUCUCAUCAUCAUCCUCAUUGGAGUGUACAGCAAUUAGUCACCUAGAGCAAAACUUUAUUCCCUUUAACUACCGUGCCUUUGGAAAAAAAAAAAAAAAAAAGAGAAGAAUUAGUGUUUUUGUUUUGACUGAAAUUUAAAAUGUCCUGCUGCAUACAAUAACUCAAAAACUGCUCUUGAAUUUAUUACCGGUGAAUUGUGUAGAAGAUGGCACUGAUUUAUGGUCGAAGACUUUCCUUUUUGACAUUGCUUUGCCACUUCACUACAGCAACCAGAGGUAAUUUUCCGUCUUUUUAUUUAUUUAAUGCUGGUCAAUACAUUUUGCACAAUUGAGUAAUGUUUUGUAAUAAUACAAUAUGUAACAUUGGGUACUUCGUGCCUUGGGAGAUCUGACUGACAUUGUGGAGUUCAAUAAAAUCCAGAAAAGUGCACUUAAGAUAUAUUUUAUUAACAAAAAAUUAUGAAGUCAAGUUCAUUUUUUACACAAUGGUUUGGCAGUGUUUGAUAUGACAGCUGGCGCCACACAAUAUGAUGUCAGAUCUGUGAACAAUGUUACAAAACAUCUUUUAGUCACUUGUUCAAUGUUGUUCCUUUUUGUGUCUUACAUAUGACUGUGUCUUACAGGAAUGUAACCAUACUG